UCGCUCAACCUGGAUGGGCGAAGAGACACACACACAGUUCUUCCACAGCUUUCCAAGUGACUGCACGCACGUGAUUAGCGUGCGCCCGUUCCGAACUCAACAAGUUCUUCGCACCGAUUGGAAAACAUUCCGAUUCGGUUCGAGUUUAAAGCGUACAAAAGUGUCGAAUAUAGGCGAAACAAAAAUCCAUCGAUAAAGAUAAGCAACGAGUGUGAUCGACGACUUGGCAAUUUCCGGAGUAACACCUUUAAUCACAGCGUGACUGUGUGUGUGCGCAAGUGCUUGAGUGUUUGUGCAGGUAGUUAGUGUGACAAAACAGCACACGUGUGUGUGUGUGUGCACAUUGGUGUGGAAAGUUGCGCCCGUUCGUAAAAUCCACCCUCGCCCCGCGGAAACAUCCCCUAUCGAAGGCAGGGAGAAGUCGAGAGCUCCCCAGAAAGGUCUCAGUUCACACCAUGAGGUGCCAGUACCUACUGGUGCUCACGGUAGUGCUAUGUGCGCUUACCGUGAACUCUCUCAAGCCGGACCUGCCCAAGGCGAAGGAUCCACUGUUUAACAAAAUGCUUGCCGAAAGCAGCACCAAAGGUGUGGAUGCGCAGGAUCCUCGGUACAACAAAAUGCUGCCCGACCUGGAGGAAAAUCUCAUCGACGAUGACGAUGAGGACGAUGAUGAGGAGGAGGAGGACGAUGUCGCUCCACCGACGAAGAAGGCCGCCGACCUGAACCCGAUGUAUGCGCUGCGCGGCAAGCAAGUGAAGCCGGAAGUGUCCACCGUUGGUUCGGUUGCUAUCAACAAGGUAAAGAUCAACGAAGAUAUCGACAGCUACGAGGAGGUACUGCUGAAGGGUAACGGCAAGAGUGUGGACAUUGAUGAUUCGUAUCAAGUGGAGGAUCUAAGCGGUGAGGUACUUACAAUCGAGGAGGAAAAACCUUCCAAAUCUACCACCGCAAAGCCCGUCGCUAAACCGGCAACCGAAGACAAUUACGAUGAGUACGAUGAUGAUGAGUCGGACGAACAGAUCGACUUCUCCGGUGUAGACAAAGUUCUGGCUCAACCACUUAAACCACAGGUACCUGCUGAGAAGUCUGCCAAACCGGCAGUUCCUAGUACGACUGCGAAGCCGAAGGCGGUCACCACCGGCAAGCAGAAUGUUGAAAUUCUGGAUCAGUACGACGAUGAUGCGGAUAUGGACUAUCAGUACAACUACGACGAUGACGAGGACAACGAUGAUGAUGACGAUGAGGACGAUGAUGACGAUGAGGAGGAGGAUGCGGAGACGUUGCCAGCACAGAAGAUCACGAAUAAGGUCAACAAGGAAGUGGCCAAGAAGCAAACCAACCCGGUAAAGGAAACGAAGGAUCAGAACAAAGCAGCUGGCAAGGAUAACGCUGAAGACUACUACGACGACGAUGAGUAUGAUGAUGAUGAUAAUGCGGAGCCGUCCAACAGUUCCUACUGCCCGCGGGGAUGCAUCUGCGAGCGUAACAUGCACGCGUACAUGGUUGCCACGUGCAGUCGGCUCGAUCUGGAGACGCAAAAGUUCACCUCCCACAUCACCGACCUGCAGGUGCUGGACGUUGGACCGAAGUACCCGAUCGAGCUCGGUCCGGAGUUCUUCAAAAAGAUUGGCCUCAGCCACGUCGUCUCGAUCAAGAUCACUAACUGUACGAUCGUGUACAUUAGCCCGCAGGCGUUCGCCGGGCUGGACGAGCUGUACUCGGUCAAUCUGACCAACUCGGGCAUCGACAUCAUUCAUCCGGACACGUUCGCGAACAACACGAAGCUGCGGCUGCUGACGCUUUCGGGCAACGAUUUGAGCGCGAUGCAGAGCGUCAACCACAACACACCGUACAUGGACUACAUGCUGAAGGCGCCGACGGUCGAAGAGCUGGACAUUUCGCGCUGCAAGCUGCAGGAGCUGCAGCCGAACGCGUUCAACGAGCUGAAGAACAUCAUCUACAUCAACCUGUCCGAGAACAAUCUGAGCAACCUGCCGGAGGGCAUUUUCGAUAAUGUGGAAACGAUCGAAGAGCUGGACCUGUCGAUGAACAACAUCGUGGAGCUGCCGAAGAACAUCUUCGCCAAGACGUCGCUGGCGAUCCUGCACCUGAAGCACAACAAGAUCACCAACAAUGUCGACUUUGUGACGGCCGAUCUGCAGAAGCUUGACCUGAGCUUCUGCCAGAUUCGCACGGUCCACAACACGAUGUUCAAGGGCAUGGAUGGGUUGACCAACCUGAUCCUGAAGGGUAAUCACAUCGAGAAGAUCAAACCUAUGGCGUUCAUCUCGCUGAAGAACUUGCGGCAGAUCGAUCUGUCGUACAACAAUCUGGAGCAGAUUUCCGCGCAAACCUUCAUCGGCAACAAGAUGCUGGACAUUAUCCGCCUCAACAACAACCCGCGGCUGAAGCGCCUGCCAAACGAAGGCUUCGAAAUCUCGUUCAACGGUACGUUCACCGUGUACUUCAUGGACGUGUCGAACUGUGACAUUUCCGAGCUGGCAGACAACACGUUCAAGAUGAUGCCGCACCUGACGCGGCUGAACCUGGCAUGGAACAACCUGCAGACGAUUCGGUCGACCUAUUUUGCCCACCUGAACAAGCUGAUGGACCUGGACCUGAGCAACAACAUGAUUAUAAAUAUGGACGAGAAGACGUUCCAGAACAAUCGCAACUUGAACACGUUGAACCUGGCCGGUAAUCAAAUCGCAACCCUGACAAGCAAGCUCUUCCACCCGCUGCAGUACCUGAGCGAGCUGGACGUUAGCGACUGCGAUCUGCGCACCAUCUGGGAUGAUUCGGCGGCUGGUACGAAGCGCGAAGAGGUCCUGCCGAACCUGAAGCGCCUGAACGUGUCGUACAACGAGAUCAUGGAGGUGUUUGUCUCCGAUCUGGAGUCGAUGGGCAAGCUGCGCGUACUGGACAUCCGCAACAACACGCUAACCUGCAACGAACGUUUGCCAACGCUGAUCGAUUGGCUGCAAAAGAAACAGAUUUCGAUGGGCCUUGGCGACACGCACGAUCACGUGACGCAUGCUGAGAUGACCACGGAGCUGCGCACGGACAACUCGGCAACGCUGAAGCAGUGGGGCCAGUUCGCUUGGGAAAUUUGCCAGGGCGGUGGUAGCGACAGCCCGAACCAGCGUCUGACGUACUCCGAAUCUGACGAAGAAUACAACAUAGAGGAUGAGGACGAUGUGUCCGAUGCUGCAGAUGCGGACGUGAUGGCGGAAGCGAAGAACGCCAAGUCGAACAAGAUCGUGGACAGCAAGAACGAGCUGGACGAGUACUCGGACGAUUCGGUCGAUAGCGACGACAGCGAGGAUGAGGAUAGCGCCGACGAGGACGACGAGGAGGACGAUGAGGAAGACGAUGAUGAUGAUGACGACGACGAAGAGGAACAGGAGCGCGAAAACAUUCUCGACGCCGCCAACGGUAUCCAGAAGAUUGAGCAGGGCAUCCUGACCGGCAAGCAGACGGACGAGGAUGAUGAUGGCGAGUACGAGGAUGACGGUGCCAGCGUGGACGAUGUGGUUAUACUGGAGAAUGGGUCCAUGUUUGCCGUGUCGUCGGUGUGGAUCGUGGUUGCCUGCAUCCUGUUCGGCAUCUCGAUGCUGCUGCUGGUCGUGGUGAAGGUGCUGACGGAGGUGAUGAAGCGACGCGGCGAACGCUACCGCCAGGCGCUGCUUGCCUCCAAGAACUCGUUCGUGUACCAGAAGCUGACGGAGGACAUUGUCCCGUCGAAGGUACCGAAGAUCCAUCGGUACGAACCGAUCAAUCAGGUGUAAAGUACAUGCAACACCAACAAACCAGGCGCACGCCCUGAGACAAAGUCAAAUGGAAAACACGUGGGUUAUUAGAUUUCGUGCACGCGCAGGAGUAACAUUCAAAGUCGAUUGCGAGGCGCAAUAGAAGAAAAACGCAAGAAUUAUUCGCACAGAAAUACUUAAACAGAAUACGCAAGAUCACGUCAGCGCUUCCCGGUCGGUGUCAAACCUCAACCCUAGCGUGGCAACAAGCUAGUGGCAAAUGAGAUGUACUUAUUGAUACAAAGUAAAAACAAACAGCUACAUAGAUCGGGCAAUAACAAGCAGCUAUUUCUUUCUCUAUUUAUUAAGUACUUGUACCCUUUUCCUUUAACAUCGAACCAACAGCAGCAUUGAUUUCAACAAAAACCUUUUCCUUCCCCCCCUUGUGGUUAGUGGUGAUCCUCAAGAUGAACCAUCCAUCUUGUUUAGUCGAGUCGCCCGUCCGGUCGCAUUACGAUGCGCGCCACACAAAUUGUACACACAUAUCGAUGUAACAAAUCGUUCGAACGUCCAGCUUUUCACCGCAGUCCGGUGUUGUACGCGUCGUCCGCGGACCGAUGCGCCCUUCGGUUUUUGUGCCGGGUAAAGGAAACCACCCUUCUGCGUCUCUGGCACCGUAAACGUUUUAGCAGUUAGCUUAGUUUUGUUUUAGUGCUACUAUUCGUACUUUAUAAAAAAAAAAAACAGUGUUUUGGGUUCUCACCAUUCAAAACGACACACAUUCCUGGGUACCGUCGAUUCGUACAGCCGCAUGUUAAAAGCAGUGUUAAAUGGUAAAAACAUACAAAUACACACACUCCCCCAAUAUGAACCGGUAAGAUAUGGGAACGUGCACCACACAACCAGUAUAGGCUUCGUUUUAGUGCCAUUUUUUUUCGAAACAAAUCGGGAAUAAAACUCACCGAUCGUCGAGAGGAUCAUGCUCGCAUCCGCUUACGAUCGCCGGAAGUAUUCUACUUAGCAUGCCGGUGCAACACUUAAA